GAUCUGGAAUGCUGUAAUUUAUUGUUUGGUUUCAAAGCGCUUGCGCCUAUGCACACUAAGUUAACGGUGUGGCCUUAUUUGUAUUGUAGGAACUUUGAUAUCUCUACUUAACUUUUGACCGAAAUUAAUAGUGUGAUAAGUCUAUCUGUUUCCUCCGUCUCUUUCUCAGUUCAUAACUUGCAAGUGGCUGGUCAUUGUUUGUUAUUGGCAGUUUGUUGGUGUUGGAAACCUAUCUAUGUUUUUUGUGAGAAGUUGCACAAUUGUCGUCUGCUAGAUCACCUGGGUUGGAGGUAGAUUCACGCAGUUUUAAAAUAUUUAAUGUUAUUUAAUCAAAAUUUUACGUCAAAUCAAAUUAAAAUUAUCAAAAUAAGUUUGUUCACAGUGUAAUGAUUAUUUAAUACUUUGAAAUGAGUUUACAAGACAAUGGAUCAUCAUUCUGCAGUUCAAGUUUUUGGGACCCAGUCAUCUCAUGGAACACACCGGACCCAGAUUUCACCCUGUGUUUCGAGAGGACAGCCCUGGUGUGGGUGCCCUGCUUAGCCCUAUGGCUGCUCUCACCCAUUGAACUGUUCCAUAUCUUCCACAGCAAAUGUAGGGAUGUGCCCUGGAGCUUCAUUAAUUCUGCCAAACUGUUGCUGAACCUGGUGCUAAUAGGAUUGAGUUUAGCCAGUUUGGGAAGAUCAGUUGUGGUGUACUUUGACUCAUCGCAAACUGUAUACUCCGUGGACAUCUGGACACCUGUUGUACAAGUCGUUACUUUUACACUGGCAUUAGUCUACCUACUAUGGAACAAAGUGAGAGGAAUGCAAACGUCUGGUGUUCUGUUUGUCUUCUGGAUGCUGCUGGCUGUCGCCGGGAUUGCUCAGUUCCGUACAGAGCUCAAACAAGAGUCACAAGGGGUUUUGGAAGAUUCUAUGUUCAAUUACAUAAUUUACUUGAUGUACUUUCCAACUGUGGUUAUAAUGUUCAUUUUAAAUUUCUUUGCUGAUAAACAACCACUGAAGACUAAUUAUCCUAAGUCCAAGAAUAUCUGUCCAGAAGUGACAGCAUCUUUUGUUUCUCGUUUGUUUUUUCGAUGGUUUGAUUCCAUUGUCUGGAAGGGGUUCCGCAACCCUCUGACUCCUGCAGAUUUGUGGGAUUUGAGGUUCCAGGACACAUCGUCCCAAGUGGUGCCACUCUUUGAAAAACAGUGGGCCAAAAAAAUAUCACAAAUUACAAAAACCAGUCCAGAACAGAAUGGAUUUUCAAAAUCGUAUGGGACCAUGAAGGAUCAGAGACGUAGGUCUACUAAACCGGUUUCAAUCCUUGGUCCAAUUUUUAGAACUUUCUGGAAACUUUUCUUAGCUGGUGGAAUAUGCAAGAUUUCUGGUGAUCUUUGUGCUUUUAUCAGUCCACAGAUCUUAAGUUUGCUAAUCCAGUUUGUGGCGGGAAAGGAGUACAUGUGGAGGGGAUUCAUGUAUGCAGGAAUCAUGUUUGUUGCCUCAGAAACGCAAACUUUCUUCUACCACCACAACCUGAUGACCAUGUCUGUUCUUGGGCUUAACAUCAGGACUGCUCUCAUAUCUACAAUUUAUAAAAAGGCAUUACGCAUCUCAAAUUCAGCUCGCAAGGAGUCAACGGUCGGGGAGGUGGUGAAUCUGAUGGCAGUGGACGCUCAACGAUUCAUUGACUUCUCCGCUUUUUGCAACCUCCUCUACUCAUCUCCUAUCACCAUUGCUAUCUCCAUGUACUUUCUAUGGCAAAUUCUAGGUCCCUCGGCUCUGGCUGGGCUGGCUGUCAUGAUAGUCCUGGUGCCCAUCAAUAUCACCAUCGCCAACACCGUGAAGAAGCUGAACAUGCGCCAGAUGAAGUACAAAGACGAAAGAGUCAAACUUAUGAAUGAAAUCCUCUCUGGAAUCAAGGUGUUGAAAUUGUAUGCAUGGGAGCCUAGUUUUGAGAAACAAAUUCUAAAAAUCAGGAACAAAGAGAUGGCAGUUCUAAGAAAAGCUGCUCUCUUAAAUGCCUCUACUUCAUUUGUUUGGACUUGUUCAUCUUUUUUGGUGUCUUUUGCCACAUUUGGUGUGUACGUGAUGAGCGAUGACAGCCAUGUGCUCACUGCCGAAAUCGCUUUCGUUGCUACAUCAUUGUUCAAUGUGAUGAAAGUUCCAGUUACCAUGUUUCCAUUGGCUGUACAAGUUCUGGUCCAGACUAUAGUGUCCACAAAGAGAAUCAACAAGUUCUUGAAUGCUGAGGAGUUGGAUCUAACUUCAGUGUCUCAUGAUGAGAGCAGAAAGGAGCCACUUAUAAUCGAAAAUGGAGUGUUCUCGUGGGGAACAGCAGACGAAGACAUGGAAGUUCUACGUAACAUCACACUCAAGGUUCAGCCAGGACAGCUGGUAGCUGUGGUGGGAGCUGUUGGUUCUGGCAAGAGUUCCCUCAUCUCUGCCUUCCUGGGUGAGAUGGACAAGAUCUCUGGAUACAUCAAUACUAAGGGUAGCAUAGCAUAUGUGCCACAGCAGGCAUGGAUACAGAAUGCUACAGUGAGAGAUAACAUCACAUUUUCCAGCAGUUACGACAACAAGAAGUACAAGAAGACUGUGGAAGCCUGUGCCUUGCAACCUGACUUCGACAUGCUUCCUGGUGGGGACAUGACAGAGAUCGGAGAGAAAGGUAUCAAUCUUAGUGGGGGUCAGAAACAGCGAGUGAGUUUAGCUCGAGCUGUGUACAGUGACGCAGACACUUAUCUACUGGACGAUCCUCUCAGUGCUGUGGACUCUCACGUCGGAAAACACAUCUUCGAUAAUGUUAUUGGACCAACAGGUGUCCUCAAUAAGAAGACCAGAGUGUUGGUGACUCAUGGAGUGACUUUUCUCCCAAAAGUGGAUAUGAUUGUGGUGUUAAAAGCUGGUGAGAUCUCAGAGGUAGGCACUUUCAAGGAACUGCUGGCCAGGAAGGGGGAAUUUGCAGACUUCUUGGUGCAGCACAUCACAGCAACCGAAGAGUCAGAGUUGGAACCUGAUAUUGAGGAACUGAUAGAAGACAAUCCAGAAUUGAAGAUUCAAGUACAGAGACAACUAAGCAGCUCUGGAUCUGUGAGGUCUCGAUCCUCUGUUGGGAGGAGAGGGUCAGUGGAGAGUAUGGGGAGUUUGAGUGUAGGAAGGAAGGACAGUGUAAAGGCUCGUCUUCCAGUCGACAAGCUCAUUCAGAUCGAGAAAACCGAAACAGGAAGUGUUAAAUUGAAAGUGUACGCUAGCUAUCUGGGUUCCUUCGGCCUGUUUCUGACACUAUCCACAAUUAUAUGCCAGAUCUUGGCCCAAGUGUUCAGUGUGGGCAGUAAUCUGUGGUUAUCCAAGUGGACAUCAGACGAGACAGCUGUGGUAGACGGAGUUGAGGACGAACCCAUCCGCAACUACUACCUGGAGAUAUAUGCAGCUUUUGGUCUCUGCCAAUUGGUGGCAACGUGGGCAAGUUCGUUCUCUCUGGCUUUUGGAUCGAUCUAUGCCUCACGAGGUCUGCACAUUUCCAUGCUGUACAGUGUGUUGCGUGCGCCCAUGAGUUUCUUUGAUACCACCCCUACGGGCCGCAUUGUGAACCGGUUUGGCAAGGAUAUAGACGUUGUUGAUAACACACUUCCUGGCAACCUCAGCUCUGCUAUGAAUUGUUUUAUAUUGGUCUGUGGAACUCUUGUAGUAAUCACUUACUCAACUCCUGUUUUUGCUGCAGUGAUCAUCCCUAUCAGUCUGCUCUAUUAUUUUGUUCAGAGGUUUUAUGUAACAACAUCUCGGCAACUGAAGAGGCUAGAGUCAGUGUCACGGUCACCCAUAUACUCUCAUUUUAGUGAAACUGUUACCGGUGCUUCAUCAAUUCGAGCUUACAAGGUAGAAAGGCGUUUUAUGAAAACGUCAGAGGACAGAGUUGACAUAAACCAGAUGUGUCUAUACCCAAGUAUGGUUUCUAACAGAUGGCUGGGUAUUCGGUUGGAAACUGUGGGAAAUCUACUGAUUUUCUUUGCAGCUCUUUUCUCAGUAUUAGGGCGAGAUUCCCUGGAUGCUGGUAUUGUGGGAUUGUCCAUAAGUUAUGCUUUACAGAUUACCAGUAUGUUGAACUAUGCUGUCAGAAUGUCAUCAGAAAUAGAGACCAACAUUGUGUCAGUGGAGAGAAUCCAGGAGUAUGCUGAUGUUCCUCAGGAGGCAGCAUGGCGAGUCGAGCCAAGGCCUCAGCCACAAUGGCCGGACAAGGGGAUGGUGCAGUUUGAGGACUACAGAGUCAGGUAUCGAGAGGGUCUGGACUUGGUUCUUAGAGGAAUAGACUUCACCGUCAAUGGUGGAGAAAAGAUCGGCAUAGUUGGUCGUACUGGAGCAGGCAAGUCCUCUCUCACCCUGUGUCUGUUCCGUAUACUGGAGGCUGCUGGAGGACAUAUUUACAUUGAUGGUCUGGACAUCUCCAAGAUUGGACUGGGGGAUCUCAGGUCCAAGCUUACCAUCAUUCCUCAGGAUCCAGUCCUGUUUUCCGGAACUCUGAGGAUGAACCUGGACCCAUUUGAAGUGUACAGUGACACAGAAGUGUGGGGUGCCCUACAACUGGCACACCUUAAAGAUUUUGCUAAGAGUCUCCCUGCAGGUCUCAGCCACACCAUCUCUGAAGGUGGAGACAACCUCAGUGUUGGCCAACGACAGUUGGUAUGCCUGGCUCGAGCACUGCUGCGGAAGACUCAGGUAUUGAUCCUGGAUGAGGCCACCGCUGCCAUCGACUUAGAAACUGAUGACUUGAUACAGCAAACAAUACGCAAAGAGUUCCAGAACUGUACAGUGCUCACAAUAGCUCACAGACUCAACACCAUCUUGGACUCUGACAGAGUCGUUGUCCUUGAUAAGGGAAUGAUCAAAGAAUUCGAUUCACCAGCAAAACUUCUGAAGAGUGACAGUUCAACCUUCUACAGCAUGGCAAAGGAUGCUGGGCUUGUAUAACAAGCAGAUUUAGUAAUAUUACAUGUAUUGUUUUCGUAUUUGCCAUUUUGUUCCUUAAAUCUGUACCACUUUUUUAUAUUAGAUGAAGCUCUCUACAGUCAUUGUCUUAGGUACAGAAUAGAUAAAGCAAUGACUAUACAAUAAAACUACAGUCAACUCUUGAUUGUCUGUGGUAAUCAACGACAAGCCUUCCAUGGUUAAACUAAAAACAUGAUUACAACAAAGGGAACCAUUAACAAUGUUAAACUAAUAACCUAAAUGCUAAAUAAAAUGGUUUUUGGUUACCUUACCUAAUAAGGUACCUAAUAAUUUGUAAUCCAUUUAUAUUGUCUAUUUAGUUGAGAAUAAAAACAAGUUACACAAUUUAGUACCCAUAAAAAUUAAUGAACUAUUUACAAUUUAACUGAUGAGUUAUGAUCACUUAUUAAUUCAUUGAAAGAAACCAAACAUUGUUUUUUGUGUUUUUUCAGCGGCUUCUUCCUUAUUACAGGUGAAUGUAAGUUCCGCGAAACAAGUUUAUUACAAAGCAAACUGUCUUCCUGCCCCUCCAAAUAAUCUACCAAAUACUAAAUGUGAUUUAUUGCUGCUCUGUGGGAGACCUUGGGCUCAGCCUGCGAACCUUCUUCUCCCUCCUCACACCCUUCACCAUCACUUUCACUAUCAACAAUUUCCGUCUCUCAAUUUCAUCAUCUUUCUUUUCGAAGGCCGGAAAGUCUAUGUCAAUAUUUAACCAUUAAUUGACAUUUAACAACAGUUUCAUGACUAUGUAAGUUGAAUAAUGGGUGGAGUGAAGGAUGUUUCCAGGGAAAACAAAGGGGGAGUCUAAAAAUAGCCGUAGUCAAAACACUUGCUAGUGAAUAGGCAGACGCACAGUGGCCGCUGCACAGGCUACAGUGUCUGUCUCUGUGUUAUUACGACUGUCCUUUUUAUUCACUACACUGCAUAAUUUUAAACAUUAUCUCACCUUUUAACUUUAAAUGCUGCAUGGCGGUUCUUUAUCUAAUAUUUCCGAUUGGUAUUAAAACUUAAUUUAAAUCAAUUUUUUACCCUGAUUAAUCUGCAACGCAGUUGUUCCGCUCCCAGAAAAUCAGGAUUUGACUGUAUUUUGUAUUUGAUUAUAGUACUCCUAUUUAAGAUAAGAAAGAAUGAACAGUGUUGAACAUCACAAUUAAUUGAUCAGGAAGAUUUAAACUUUGUGCCUUACUUUGUGAUAUUUACAUUCCUGUAAAAGUCUGUUUAUAUUCUGUUAUCCCUGUAUGUAUGCUUACAUUUUUAUAUGUACAUAUAAUUUUGUUAAUAAACUAUACCAUUUUA